UCUUAGGAUAAUAUGUAAAUUUGAAAAAAGUCUUAUAUGAAUAAUAAUAUAAAAGUAUUUUAAACUUAGUGGAAAGCUGAUGGCAAGAGUCUGAAGUAAAAAGUCAAAAACCCCUUAUAUUGUUUCCCCCUUUUCCCUGAUAAUCAAACGAAUUCAAUUUUCUAGGGUUUGUUUUCUACGUAUUCUCUCUCCAUCAACCAGAGAAUCUAACCUUCGCAAGCUCAACAAUGGCGAGAAACGAAGAGAAAGCGCAGUCUAUGCUUAAUCGCUUCAUCACUAUGAAGCAAGACGAGAAGAAGAAGCCCAAAGAACGCCGACCUUUCUUAGCCUCCGAGUGCCGCGACCUCGCCGAAGCAGACAAAUGGAGGCAGCAAAUCAUGCGAGAAAUCGGUCGAAAAGUUGCCGAAAUCCAGAACGAAGGCCUUGGAGAACACCGACUUCGAGAUCUCAACGAUGAAAUUAACAAGCUAAUUCGUGAGAAAUCGCAUUGGGAGCGUCGGAUUAUUGAGCUUGGAGGUCCGAAUUACAUGAAGCAAUCGGCGAAAAUGACGGAUUUGGAAGGAAAUAUUGUCGAUGUUCCGAACCCUAGCGGCCGAGGGCCUGGGUACAGGUACUUUGGUGCGGCGAAGAAGCUUCCAGGAGUUAGGGAAUUGUUCGAGAAGCCGCCGGAGUUGAGGAAGAGGCGAACGAGGUAUGAUAUAUACAAGAGGAUUGAUGCGAGUUAUUAUGGUUACAGAGAUGAGGAAGAUGGAGUUUUGGUGAAAUUGGAGGGGCCGGCGGAGGCGGUGAUGAGGGAGAUGGCGGUGGAGGAGUGGAAUUUGAUGGAGGAGAUUAAGAGGGAGGCGAAAAAGGCAGUAAAGAGCGGCGAGGUUGCCAAUGUGAAGGAUAUUUUGUUCGAGGAAGAGGAGGAGGUUGUGGAGGAGGAGAGGCGGGAGAAGGAGAGGCUCGAGGAGGCGGAUGCAUUGCAGAAGGACUUCGUUGUGCACGUGCCAUUGCCCGAUGAGAAGGAGAUUGAAAGGAUGGUUGUGGAGAAGAAGAAGAUGGAGUUGUUGAGUAAGUAUACUAGUGAGAAUUUGUUGGAGGAACAGUCUGAAGCUAAGGCUAUGUUGAAUAUUAAUCGAUAGAGGGAUUUGCAGCGGCGUUAUGUGUUGAUCAUCCCUUUCAAGAAAAGGAGAAAGCUUACAUGACUAACAUGAGAGAUGAUUCGUGCUCUCUUCACCCAUGGAUAAUUUCGAAUGUUAACUUUCAUAUUGGAGAAAGAAGUGUUACUGCUUUAAGGUUCUGUAAAUUGUGGACGUGGGAAGAUAGCAAUAACCUUUACUUGCUGCAGCACCAAGACUUUUACUGUUUCUGCUUCAGCAUUCUGUGAAUUUCUUUGAUUUGUAGGCCUCUGAUACAUGGUUUUAAGAGGGAGGUAUGUUUGAGGCAUCGGGUUUUGCUGCUGCAUUGUUUUAUGAGAGUAAUGAUCAGUCUUUCAUUCAUCUGUUUCUUUUCUUUUGUGCUGCUUUUGGAGUUGCGCGUUAGACAUAACGGUGUAUGUAGCAACGCAAACAUUUUUUUAAAGAAACAGAUAAGUCAACUGUUAGGUACCCCUGCAGAAGUGUAACCAGUGUUCCAGUAAACGGUGUAGAUUCUGAACCAUAUUACAGUAUUAUGAAUUUACAAGUAAUUUUAGACUCAACUCCUAAUAUUUCUCUUUGUUUA